AUGUCCUUAAGGAGGCUAUUAAGGAAGCUGUUUAUAUAUAUGUACUGGUCUAGUGUCAGUUGCAGUAAUCAACAACAGACAACGAACGAACGAACAAAGGGAAAGGAAUGGUGCAAUAAAAAGAAGAAGAAGAAGUGCAUCUACAUUCAACUCUCAACCCCAACUUCCAAUUCCAAUUUCAGUGGAUUGAAGGCUCAAAGCACACCCAGUAACUCACUGGGAUCCUACCCUAUCAAGUUUACCAACAGCACGGUUCAAGCACAUGACUAUCAAUUCGUCGGCAAUCUACCUAUCACUUAUAACGUUGAAUACCUCUAUUCUACCUUGGACUUAAUUACCACGUUUUUCGUAACAUGUACGUACCAGCACAAGCACGUGUUUGUACAACCUCGACACCUCGCGAGAUACCUCGAUUACCUCGCCCGCAACAUACUACGUAGUCCCACUCCCACUUUACGUCCACUUUACUCCUCCCAAUUGGGUUAUUUCCACCGCUUUUUACGAGGAAAAAUGGAAUCCACAAAUCCAAGUCUCGUGCUACACCCAACCAAGCGGGAAAUGAAUAACGCACGCACGCACGCACGCACGUACGUAGAACAACCCAACCAACAGGCUGGACCAGACGCGUGUGCAUGUGCAAAGUUCCACACGUGCCUGAUUGUUCAUGCGAGUCAUCGGUACACGCACGCCAUUGCGAGUUGCGUUUGCGUGUUGGAAGGUGCAUCGUGGCGCAUGGACCUUGGUUGCAGUAUCCAAGUAAUCAGCGAUCACGGUGAGAAACCCUUAGAUAGCCGGAACAACCAACCUACCAACUCCUUUGCUUCCACCGACGAAAUAUGUGCAGCGAUACAGAUUGGAUUGCAGUGUCUAGACGAAGUGGCGAUGCAAAUUCAUAGGCUCGGUCUCUAUGAACGUCAACGAACAUGA